GGCUGACAGUUGGCGCGACCAGGAGGGCGGGCAGGCUGCUCGUGGGGGUGCGGGCCCGCAGGGCCAGGUGCUCCUGCCUUAGCCUCCAGCACCAUGCUUUGGAUUCAAGUCUCCUACGGACAUAAAAGUGUGUGGAUUCUAAUAAAUGGCUCAAAAUGCAAAGCCACUGAGAGUUACAUACUCUCAGUUCCUGGAGCAGAGUAAACACUCCCAAGGACCUGCUCCAUGGGCUUCGGAAUCAGAGAGGACUCGCUUCGGAAUCUCAGAAAGGCUCCAGGAAGCAGGGUCAAGGCCAGGGAGACGAUGGUCUCAGUGACUAUGGCCACUUCCGAGUGGAUCCAGUUCUUCAAGGAAGCCGGCAUUCCCCCAGGACCUGCUGUUAAUUAUGCUGUGAUGUUUGUGGACAAUCGGAUCCAGAAGAGCAUGUUGCUAGAUCUCAAUAAGGAAAUCAUGAACGAGCUGGGCGUGACUGUAGUGGGUGACAUCAUUGCCAUCCUCAAGCAUGCCAAGGUGGUACACCGCCAGGACAUGUGCAAAGCUGCCACCGAGUCAGUGCCCUGCAGCCCCAGCCCCCUCCAGGGUGAGCUUCGCCGAGGCGCCUCUAGUGCCGCUUCUCGAAUGAUCACCAACAGCUUGAACCAUGACUCUCCGCCCCACACUCCCCCAAGGAGGUCAGACACCAGCACUUCCAAGAUCUCCGUCACCGUGUCCAACAAGAUGGCAGCGAAGGGUGCCAAGGCUGCUGCUCUGGCCCGCAGGGAAGAGGAGAGCCUGGCUAUUCCUACUAAGCGGCGGCGGGUGACAGCUGAGAUGGAGGGGAAGUACAUCAUCCACAUGCCCAAGGGGACCACCCCUCGUACCCGCAAGAUCCUGGAGCAGCAACAGGCAGCAAAAGGUCUCCAUAGGACAUCUGUAUUUGACCGCCUUGGGGCUGAGAGCAAAGCAGACACGACCACAGGGACUAAGCCCACAGGAGUUUUCAGCCGCUUAGGGGCCACCCCAGAGAUGGAUGAGGAUUUGGCCUGGGACAGUGACAAUGACAGCAGCAGCUCUGUCCUGCAGUAUGCUGGGGUCCUAAAGAAGCUAGGACGGGGCCCCACCAAGGCCAGUCCCCAGCCAGCACUGACUGUCAAAGCCAAGGCCACAAGCUCUGCAACCACGACAGCUCCAAGGCUGCGGCGCCUGGCACUUCCCUCUCGCCCUGGGCCAGAGAAGAAGCCGGAGUCCCUGCCCAAAGUCAGUGUCCUCCAGAGACUGGGCAAGGCUGCCGUUGUGUCUGAGGCCCAGGACAGCCAGGUCACAAGCACCAAGAGUAAGUCCUCAGCUGAGGUCAAGUUCGCCAUUAAGAGGACUCUGGUAGGGCCCCGGGGGAGCAGCUCCAUUGAGAGCCUUGGUGCCCAGAUGGACCAUGCAGGCACUGUGAGUGUGUUCAAAAGACUGGGCCGAAGGACUUUCUAGCCAGCACACAGGGUGGGAUGCAGCAUGGAAUGGCAGGCAGGUUCCUGCUUCCAUCCCUCCCUCCCAGCUCUAGGUGACACAAGGCUUGGCUUUCCAGCACUUACGCUGGUGCCAAGCACUUGGUACACAGGCGUUUUCCCGGUCUUCGAUGUUCCUGUGGCCUGACCUUGCCUGCUCUGGGACUCUCCCUGCCUGCCCUCUGUCCUCUGUGCACUAACUGUGGCCUUGGUAGAUUCCCCUUUCUACCUCUUCCCAAAGCCAAGUGCCCUGCCCCUUCCAUGCAGCCCACCCCUCACGGGGCGUCCUCCUGCCUGUGCUGGAGGUGUCAUCUGGAGGCACCCCCUUUGCCCGCCCCAUGACUUCCCUCCCUCCCCCCCCUCUCCCCUCCCCCU